AGAGCCUAUAAAAGCGGGAUGAAUCUGAACUAUCCAGCACGCAUUUGGAGAUUUGCGCACUGGAGGACAGUUCUGCGCUCCGCGUUGAGAUGAAAGGACUCCAACUGAGUAACGUGUGCCAGUGUGGCUUAUUUACAUACCUGGUUCUGUUCUCCUUCAUGUCUUUGACUGCUGCAGUUAGUUUCGACCUGACUGAGCUCAGGAAUAAAGUAGCAAAAAUCAAAGUGAAUCCGAGAGGGAACCUUUGGGCUACAGGGCAUUUCAUGGGUAAGAAGAGCGUGAUGGACUCCCCUCUGCUGUCCCCACCUGAGGAGCAGGGGUUGGGCUCCCUGGAGGUCAGCCUUCCGGCAGAUCAGAGCUCCCUCGGGGAGCUGUUUCACGAGUUUCUGCGCGUGGCGCUGCAGGCGCAGGUGGACACGCGCGAGAGCCGCUCAAAAACUCAGGAAGCGGAUUUGUUGACGAAGAUUUUAGAAAACUACGUCCGCAGCAGAAAGUGAGGCGGAUGUGGAACAUCUGGAAAAGAUGCAUGAACACAAAUAAAUUCCUCAGACACA